AGGAUGACGUCGUUUAGAAUUAUACCUGUUAUAAUUGCCAUUGUUCAUCAAGUCUACUGUCAAUCAGAUAUAUCAUCAUGUCCAUCAAGAAUUCAGCAAAUGCAACACGUACGUGUCUAUACAGAUGCAUGCUUACUGUUUGUCGAACAUGAAUUGUCAUGGGACGAUGCUCGUAAAAGCUGCAGGAGCCUUGGAGGAGAUUUAGUAAUGAUAAAAGAUAGCGCAAAGCAAAAGUUCAUUUUGGAUUCUCUGAUAUUCGAACAUUGGAAUACACAAAAUAUGUGGAUCGGUGCUACAGAUAAAGCUAAAGAAGGCGACUGGCGCUGGAUAGACGGCAGUAGUGUUACAUACGCACAUUUUGCGAAAGGACAAGGUAAUAACCACAACACUAGAAGAUUUUUAUUGUCUGAUGGUUCAAAAGAAGAUUGUGCUCUGAUCAAACGAAGUGAUGGUGGCCUAUGGCAUGAUUAUCCAUGUGAUUUUGGUUUAGGGAUCCUAGGAUAUCAUUACACUUAUGCCUGUGAAUUCCUCAGGAGUGGACAUGGUACGACAAAUGGUUCGACACUCACAAGUGUACUAUGGCGCCGACAUCAAGCACUAUUGAAACAAUGGCACCAUCAACAGCUAAUCCUAACGUAGAAACGCCAGCGCCCACAACAUCAAUGCCUAACGUAGAAACGUCAUCGCCGACAACAUCAAUGCCUAACGUAGAAACGCCAGCGCCAACAACGAUGGCGAAUAUUGAAACACCAGCACCAACUACACUGCCCAAUGUAGAAACUCCAGCCGCGACACAGCCAAACAUUGAGACUCCGUUACCAACAGGCCCUAAUACUGUUAUUAUUGGC